GAUCAGUUACGAUUACAUCGUAUGACCUGCAUGAUCGGUUUUGCUUCUCAAGAAAAACAAAAACACUGGCAAGAUGAAGUUCGUUAUUUUCACUAUUUUUGUUAUGAUUGCUAUGACUAUGGUUGCUUCUGAAGAAAAAUGUAGUCCUUUGGGUCAAUAUUGUACACAAUAUAGUGAUUGCUGUCGUUAUACGCAAUGUUUGACCUACGCUGCCAAAUGUGUGACAAAAGCCGGUAUACUUGUGCCUGGAGAAGAUAAGAGACCUCUUGGUCCUGGACCAUAUCCACCAAAUAUGCCAGAAUAAUAAUACUAGAAAUAAUAUUGCUUCUUAAUCCUUUUUUAUAUCUGACCUUGUCUCUGUUUUCCUUUUAUAUUUAUGUAAAAGAAAAGAGAAUUUCUAUUAUAACUAACUUUAAAUAAAGACAUUCAACAGCUAUCAA